UUUUGUUUUUCCAAUUGCGUUCUAAUGGGUUUAGAGUUCAACGGUCAAGCGUCAACGCAAAUAGUGUCUUGAAAAGCCGCCCCAGUUGGCGCACCUUCCGUCAUCUCCAUCGCCGCCCUCCUCCAUCUCCAUUGAAGCCCCAAAGCUCAACCAUGUCUCUUCCUUCUAUCCUCUUCUCCCUCUUCUUCGUUAUUUUCUUUUUCAGCCCUGAACUCACUUCAUCUCAGAAACUCCCGAAGAAAAUAAUAUCUUCUUUCUCCGCUUCGAAUCCGCCAUGGACGCCGGCCCAAAAUCAAAUUCUCAUCUCCCCCAACAACACCUUCGCCGCCGGAUUUCUCCCCUCCGACGGUUCCCACAACCGCUUCGUUUUCUCAGUCUGGUACUACAACCUAGACUCGCCCGCCACCGUCGUCUGGUCCGCUAAUGACGACCAGCCGGUUGAUUCCUCCGGUCAACUCUCCAUAACCUCGGCUGGAGAGAUCAACUUCACCGCCCCGUCCGGUUUCGGGACGGCGCGUGGAGCGCGUGGAGUUUCGCUUUUGCUCCACGACAAUGGAAGCUUGGCGUUUGGGCGGUGGGAGAGUUUCUCUAAUCCGACGGACACGAUUCUCCCCCUGCAGCCGAUCAACGGCACCACCCUCACCUCCAAGAACGGGAAAUUCAAAUUCCUAAACUCCGAUCAGCUAAUUUUCACCAGAAAGAACGAUUCUUACUGGAGCCUCGAUCAAGGGAUCCAGAUGCUAGAUGAAACCGGUGUGCUUAAUCAAAUCGGCGGGAAUAAUAGAAUGUACUGUUCAGAUUACGGCCCGAAGAAUCUGAGAAGAUUGGUUAUAGAUAAUGACGGCAACCUCAGAGUCUACACCUUUGACCGGAGCUCCGGCAACUGGACCGCCGUCUGGCAGGCGAUUUAUCAGCUCUGUCACGUGCACGGCACGUGCGGGAACAAUUCAAUUUGUAUGUACGAUGCCGCCACGGCUAAAACUUCGUGUUUAUGCCCGCCGGGGUUCAGGAAAACAUCACCGGAUUCCUGCGAGAGAAAAACCCCCAUGUCCGGCAACACCAAAUUUUUGUCUCUGGAUUUCGUGAACUUCACCGGCGGGGCAAACCAGACGGAUCUUAAGGCGGAUAACGUCACGGAUUGCCAGAAAAAGUGUUUGAAUAAGGAGAAUUGUCUCGGUUUCAUGAUGAAAUACGACGGGACUGGGUAUUGUGUUCUGCAAUUGGAGACGCUUGCUUAUGGAUUCUGGUCGCCGGGGACGGAGACGGUGAUGUUUCUGAGAGUGGAUAGUUCGGAGACCGACGUUUCGAAUUUCACCGGGAUGACUGGUUUGAUGGAGACUUCAUGUCCGGUGAGAAUAACCCUCCCGCCGCCGCCGUCGGAGUCGAAGGCUACCGCCCGGAAUAUCGCCAUAAUUUCCACAAUUUUCGCGGCGGAGCUCAUCAGCGGCGUUUUGUUCUUCUGGGCGUUUCUGAAGAAGUACAUAAAGUAUAGGGACAUGGCGAGGACUUUCGGCCUGGAAGUUAUGCCGGCGGUGGGGCCCAAACGGUUUAGCUUUUCCGAGCUCAAGGAUGCCACGAAGGAUUUCAGCGAAAAAAUCGGGAGAGGCGGUUACGGCGAUGUUUAUAGAGGGAAGCUGAGCGAUGGACGCUCCGUCGCCGUGAAAUGCCUGAAAAACGUCGCCGGCGGGGAUUCCGAGUUCUGGGCGGAGGUCACCAUUAUUGCUCGUAUGCAUCACUUGAAUCUGGUCCGGCUAUGGGGAUUCUGCGCCGAGAAAGGGAAGAGGAUUUUGGUCUAUGAAUACGUGCCCAAUGGUUCUUUAGAUAAAUUCUUAUUCCGGCCCGUUCUUGUCGGGGGCUUAUCCGAUAAGACAGAAUCUGCGGAAUCAACAAUAAGCCCAAAGCCCGAGUCCGAGCUCGAGCCCGUGCCUGUUCUUGAUUGGAACAUUAGGUAUCGGAUUGCGUUGGGGGUGGCACGGGCCAUUGCUUAUUUACACGAAGAAUGCUUGGAGUGGGUUCUCCAUUGCGACAUCAAGCCCGAAAACAUACUUUUGGGCGACGAUUUCUGUCCGAAAGUAUCAGAUUUCGGGCUGGCGAAGCUGAAGAAGAAGGAAGAGAUUAUGACGAUGUCAAGAUUUCGUGGCACUCCAGGGUACAUAGCCCCGGAGUGGAUGCGGGCCGACCCGAUCACGCCCAAGGCUGACGUGUACAGUUUCGGGCUGGUUUUAUUGGAGAUAGUGUGUGGGGCCAGGAAUUUUGACCAGUGCACAUCUAAGGUGGAGAGUGAUUUGUGGUUUUUGCCGAGUUGGGCGUUUGAUAAGGUGUACAAGGAGAUGAAUGUGGAGGACAUUCUGGACCCUCGGAUCAAGCAUUCCUAUGACACGCGGGCCCACUUUGAGAUGGUCAAUCGGAUGGUCAAGACGGCGAUGUGGUGCCUUCAAGAUCGGGCAGAUCAACGGCCGUCGAUGGGGAAGGUGGCUAAGAUGCUGGAAGGAACGGUGGAGAUCAUCGAGCCCAAACGGCCGUCUAUUUUCUACUUGCCGCCGGAGGAGCAAUAAUUUCGCCGUCUGUUGACGCCAUUCUGCAUUGAAUUUUCACAUUUUCUUUUUUUAAUUCUUAAUAAUUAAUGACUCUACUACUGUAUGCAACUUGCAAGAGUGAAAUAUUAAUAGCAAUAUUUCCAUAUGCUAUAUUUCCAUUAA